GCACGGCACCAGCCAACGCGGGGGCUCACCCACCUUCCCACCGUUACCAUUGAUAUUUGAGAUUUGAAAAUUGUGAAUGAAUUGAAUUUUUCUCCCUCCUCCGUCAUCGUCUUCAUGUUUCUGUCUCCCGUGAUAUGAGAUAUUUGUCCCGCACUACGCCUCCUCCACCCCUCCCCAAUAAAAUUCACCCAAACUGCUCAGCUCACCAACUCGGCCCUCCAAAGUCAAAAAUUCCACAAAUAUCAUUCAUUCCUCCUACUUCUACCCAUAUUUAUUUAUUCAAUCUGUCUGCUGUAUUUCUUAUUCGUUUAAUUAUUACACGCAAAUGCUGAAGAUUGCCGUCGUCCUUCUCCUCCUCAUUGUCAUUGUCAUCCUAAUCUAUUGUCUCUGCGGAGGCAUUCCUUAUGGCGACCUGGUCAGCCCCACUGCCGAACACCUCCUCAGCAGGGGGGAGGAGGAUUCCGGUAGUCAUACAGAAUUUCCUACUUCUCUCGUGGCUGGCGAGAAAUGUUUAAUGAGAAUUGCAGUGGUUUCUGCAUGAAUCUUCACAUGUCUUCUCGCUCAAGACUUUGGGCAUUUGGAGCCGUCCUGGUCGCGUGGUUAUGCUGCUCUUCGCUACUUACUGGAGCUCGGGCACAGAUUACCCACCCAGACGAAGUGAUGGCAUUGAGGGCUAUUCGGAGAAGUUUGGAUGAUUCCAUCUUGAAGAAUUUGAGUAACUGGAAUCGGGGAGAUCCAUGUACAGCCAAUUGGACAGGGGUUUUGUGCUUCAAUACAACAAAGAAUGAUGGCUAUCUGCAUGUUGAAGAAUUGCAGCUGCUAAGUAUGAAACUUUUAGGAAGUUUAUCACCAGAGCUGGGCCGCUUAUCUAAUAUGAAAAGAUUGAAUUUUAUGUGGAACAACAUUAGUGGGAGCAUUCCAAAGGAGAUAGGCAAUAUUACAUCAUUGGAACUUCUGCUCUUGAAUGGAAACCUGUUAACGGGUCCAUUGCCUAAAGAGAUUGGUUAUCUUCCAAAUUUGGACAGAAUACAGAUUGACCAGAACCAAAUAUCGGGUUCACUGCCUAGCUCAUUUGCAAAUUUGAACAAAACGAAGCACUUCCACAUGAACAACAACUCAAUUAGUGGGCAAAUCCCACCAGAGCUAUCCAAAUUACCAAGUCUUGUUCACCUCUUGCUGGACAACAACAACUUAUCCGGGUAUCUUCCACCUGAGUUGUCCGAGAUGCCAAGCUUACUUAUACUUCAGCUUGAUAACAACAACUUUGAUGGGAGAAAGAUUCCGGAUUCUUAUGGCAACAUGUCUAAAUUAUUGAAGUUGAGUCUUAGGAACUGUAACCUGCAAGGACCAAUCCCUGAUCUGAGUAGGAUACCACAUCUUGGUUAUUUAGACGUUAGUUCAAACCAGCUCAGUGGAUCUAUCCCACCAAAUAAACUUUCUAAAGAUAUCACGACUAUUGAUUUAUCAAAAAACAAUCUUACUGGAAAUAUACCUGUCAACUUCUCAGAUCUUCCUAAUCUUCAGAGACUGUCACUUGAAAACAAUUCUCUGAGUGGUUCCAUUCCAUCCACCAUUUGGCAAAAUUGGACAUCUAAUGGCACUGAAAAGCUUAUCUUGGAUUUGCAGAACAAUAUGCUUUCAAAAUUUUCAGGCGGUCUUAACCUCCCUCCAAAUGUCACCAUCUGGCUUCAAGGGAACCCAAUAUGCUCUAACGUGAGCCUAGCCCAGUUUUGUGGAUCACAGAAUCGAGAUGAAAAUGAUGUUCAAAGCUCCAAAAAUGUUUCUUUCUCUUGUCCUAGUCCAUGCCCACCUCCUUAUGAAUAUGCACCAGAAUCCCGAAUGCCUUGUUUUUGUGUUGCACCGCUACUUGUUGGAUAUCGGUUGAAAAGUCCUGGGUUCUGGGAUUUUUUACCGUUCUUGAAUCUAUUUGAGGGCUACCUAACCUCUGGUCUCAGAUUGGAUCUUUAUCAGCUAUACAUUGAUUCAUUUAUAUGGGAAGAAGGCCCGAGACUGAAGAUGUAUUUGAAGCUGUUUCCUAUUUAUGAUAUUGAUAGCAACAAUUCUCAUAUCUUCAAUAGCAGUGAGGUUCGGCGAAUCAAAAGCAUGUUUACAGGGUGGAAUAUUCCUGAUAGUGAUAUCUUUGGGCCUUACGAACUUCUUAACUUCACUCUGUUGGACCUCUAUAAGGAUGCUUUUCCCACUUCUCCAACAUCUUCGUUAAGCAAGGGCGCAAUUGCUGGCAUUGUAAUAGGGGGCAUUGCUGGUGCAGUUACAUUGUCUGCAGUUGUUUCACUUCUUAUCUUGAGAAUGCGUUUGAGGAGCCGCCAUCCAGUUUCUAAAAGACGUUUAUUGUCUAAGCUCUCGAUAAAAAUUGAUGGUGUGAGAGAGUUCACAUAUGGAGAAAUGGCGCUGGCAACAAACAAUUUUAACAAUCAAAUUGGUCAAGGAGGGUAUGGAAAGGUCUAUAAAGGCAUUCUAGCUGAUGGAACGGUCGUUGCCAUAAAACGGGCACAAGAAGGAUCAUUACAAGGUGAAAAGGAAUUCUUCACAGAAAUAGAAUUACUAUCUAGGUUACAUCAUCGGAAUCUAGUGUCAUUGAUUGGAUAUUGUGAUGAAGAAGGUGAACAGAUGUUAAUUUAUGAGUUCAUGUCAAAUGGCACUUUGAGGGAUAACCUUUCUGCCAAGUCUAAAGAGCCUCUAAGUUUUACAAUGAGAUUGAGAAUUGCACUGGCUUCCUCCAAGGGUAUCCUCUACCUGCAUACUGAAGCAGACCCUCCAAUAUUUCACAGAGAUAUUAAGGCCAGCAAUAUAUUAUUGGACUCAAAAUUUACUGCAAAAGUUGCUGAUUUUGGCCUUUCACGACUUGCCCCAGUUCCAGAAAUUGAAGGAACUGUGCCUGCUCAUGUAUCUACUGUCGUAAAGGGGACUCCUGGCUAUCUUGAUCCAGAAUACUUCUUAACUCAUAAGCUGACAGACAAAAGCGACGUUUAUAGCCUUGGUGUUGUGUUUCUAGAGCUCCUUACAGGCAUGCAUCCAAUCUCGCAUGGCAAAAACAUUGUUCGGGAGGUUAACGUGGCAUAUCAAUCCGGCUUGAUCUUUUCUGUCAUUGAUGAACGAAUGGGUUUCUAUCCUUCAGAGUGUGCGGAGAAGUUUGUGACAUUGGCCCUCAAGUGCUGCCAAGAUGAGACUGAUACACGGCCUUCGAUGGCGGAGGUGGUCCGAGAACUCGAAAACAUAUGGCUUAUGAUUCCAGAUUCUGACACUAAAGCAGAAGUCUUGAGCACUGACCCAGUGAAGGUGGUUACUCCACACACGUCAUCCUCUGCCAUGAAGAAUCCUUUCUUGUCUUCAGAUGUCUCUGGCAGUGAUCUUGUUAGCGGAGUCACCCCCACUAUCGCACCUAGAUAAAUAUGUAUUCAGGGGGAAAAAGGGAUUUAAUCUAGUUCUGAGGUUUGUCCCUUCCUGGAAUGUAAAUGGAAAAAACUAAUGGAUUCUUAGUCCUUGGUUUCUGUAUAAUCUCAUUUUUACUGCAGUGUUACUUGUAAAACGAUAUGUGGCUUGGCAAAGGAUGUGAGAGGGACUGCUGUGGUGCAAUGUAGUUUUCUGUACUCUAAAAUAUUGAAGUCAUUUGCUUCACGUCUUUAGAAUGACAAUAAUGACAUCGUUUCUG